GAAAUGGAUAAAUGUGAUAGAUAAGUGGGAAUGUAAUGAGAGAGAGGGAAAAACACGGGAGGGUUGAGUAAAAAGUAAGGUGCAAAGGGAGAUGGAGAAACAGAGAGAGGGAGGGAGGUUAAGUUUGAGGUUUGAGGCAGGACUGGAAACACAGGCGGAAGGGAGGGGGAUGAGAGAGGGAUGGGAGAGAGAGGGGACUACCAUGCCGAAUGAGCAAGAGAGGCGGAGAGGAAGCAGAGCUCCAUCAGACGAAAUGAGGUGAAAGUAAUUCAGGCAUUAAUCAAGCCAGGGCAAAAGGGAGGGUAUACUGUGUCCCCCCCAUCCCCUUCUUUCGCUGUGGAACUGAAAGACAAGGUGUGAAUGAAGGAGCCUACAGUGCCCAGCAGAGAAUCACCACUUGGUCACAGCAUCAAAUCAUGUCUGAGUCGAACACCAUCACUGCUUCCACUGCAGACCAGAAUGGAGCAGUUCCAGGGGAGCCCGUGAAGAAGGAUGAAAACUCCCGCAGGGGAAACUGGGGCAACCAGAUUGAGUUUGUACUUACAAGUGUGGGCUACGCAGUGGGCCUCGGCAACGUCUGGAGGUUUCCUUACCUCUGCUACAGAAAUGGAGGAGGUGCAUUUAUGCUGCCAUAUUUCAUCAUGUUGGUAUUCUGCGGCAUCCCUCUCUUCUUCCUCGAGCUGUCCUUUGGUCAGUUUGCCAGCCUUGGGUGUCUGGGUGUCUGGAAGAUCAGCCCCAUGUUCAAAGGUGUUGGUUACGGCAUGAUGGUGGUGUCCACUUACAUUGGGAUUUAUUACAAUGUGGUCAUUUGCAUCGCCUUCUACUACUUCUUCAUGUCGAUGACAAAUCUGCUGCCCUGGACAUACUGCAACAACCCCUGGAACACUCCGGACUGCAGCGGGGUGGUAGGCAGUGGCGGCCAGCUAAACGGCAGCCUGGUGAACGCCACCACCAGUCUCGUAGCAGGGGUGACAGAGGUAGUCAACCGCACCAAAAGGACCAGCCCCAGUGAGGAGUACUGGAAACACUACGUGUUGAACAUCUCGGAUGAUAUUGGAAACUUUGGAGAGGUUCGCCUUCCCAUCCUGGGUUGCCUGGCUGUGUCCUGGGUUGUGGUCUUCCUCUGCCUCAUUAGGGGAGUGAAGUCCUCAGGAAAGGUGGUGUACUUCACAGCCACUUUCCCUUAUGUGGUUUUGACCAUUCUUUUUAUCCGUGGCAUUACACUGGAUGGAGCUAUUAAUGGAAUCAAGUACUACCUGACUCCACAGUGGCAGAAGGUCCUUGAUGCAAAGGUUUGGGGAGAUGCUGCCUCACAGAUCUUCUACUCCUUGGGCUGUGCCUGGGGAGGUCUCAUCACUAUGGCUUCUUAUAACAAGUUUCACAACAAUUGCUUUAGAGACAGCAUCAUCAUCAGCAUAACUAACUGUGCCACCAGCGUGUAUGCCGGCUUUGUCAUUUUCUCUAUCCUGGGCUUCAUGGCGCACAACCUGAACGUUCCAGUGUCUGAAGUGGCUGACCACGGCCCUGGACUGGCCUUCGUGGCCUACCCUGAAGCUCUGACUCUGCUGCCGAUCUCACCUCUGUGGUCUCUGCUGUUCUUCUUCAUGCUCAUUCUGUUGGGACUAGGAACUCAGUUCUGCCUGUUGGAGACGUUGGUUACAGCCAUCGUGGACGAGAUUGGCACAGACUGGAUUAUUCGAAAUAAGACAGUAGUCACACUCUCAGUGGCUGUGCUUGGUUUCUUGCUGGGCGUUCCAUUGACCACACAGGCAGGAAUCUAUUGGCUGUUGCUGAUGGACAACUAUGCUGCCAGCUUCUCACUGGUCGUCAUCUCAUGCAUCAUGUGCAUCUGCAUCAUGUAUAUUUAUGGUCACAGGAACUACUUCAAGGAUGUUGAGAUGAUGCUGGGCUUCCCUCCUCCUCUCUUCUUCAAAGUCUGUUGGAGAUUCAUCUCACCUCUCAUUAUCUCUUUCAUCCUAAUCUUUACCGUGAUCCAGUACAAGCCUAUCACUUACAAUGAAUACGUGUAUCCUGGCUGGUCUCUGGCUAUUGGCUUUGCCAUGGCACUAUCCUCUGUGAUUUGCAUACCAGUUUAUGCCCUGUACAAGAUUUCCAGGUCCCCAGGGACUACCUUCAGAGAGCGGUUGAAGCAUGCAUGCCAAGCACAUCCAAAAUGGGGCCCUGCCCUGGCCGAGCACAGAACAGGCCGCUACGCCCCGAUGGCUUCUGGUGACACCGUUGAGGCCCGACCCCUGAAGGAGAAGGAGGAGCUCAGAGAAGAGCACAAUGAGGAGAAAGCUAAGGAGAAGGAGAAGAAGGAGGAGAUUAGCCUCACCAUCCAGGGAAGCAACGGUUCCACCAACACACACAACAACCCUAACCCCAGCGCAUAGACGCCACCCCUCUCUGUCAGCGCUACUGGGCAUGACCUCUGCGGCCCACCGUCUCCUCCUUCUCUUCCUCCCUUUUCCUCACUUCUCCUCCAUCCUCACCCUACUUUCCCACAGUUCUCUGUGGGGGAGAUCCCAUUCGCUGGAGACCUUUACAUAUUGUAAGGGCUUAUUAUAUCUAUCCUAACCUCUUCUAUCUGUCUGCGUGUUAUCUCUAGAUAAAUGAAGAAAAAAAAAUGAAAGGAUAAAAGAAAUUGGGUCAUCAUCCAAAAGAGCUGUGUGUUUGUAAGCAUGUAAGUGUGUGUACAUGUGUGUGGGAGUGAGUUGUUAAUUUGUUUCUGCAUAAUUUAAUUAUGCAGUUUGUUAUUCCUUUCAUUUUUUUUUGUAAAACUUGUAAAUGACAUCCUCAUCAGCAGUUAGAGGUACAGUAGAUUGUGAAGCUGCAUGUGCUCGUUUUGUGCAUGCAGUUGCAAAGAGACGCACACUGUUCUCCUGUAUUCAUUUCGCUGGGUCCGUUUGGGAUGGAUGACUUUGUAGUGGCAGCAGUCAGACAGCUGGAGACCUGUUGUGGUGCUGUAGCCUAGAGGGGGGACGGCAAACCGUGUCGGCACUGGCCAUCUGAUACGGAACAAUGAUAUUAGGCUUAAUUUUGCAGCCAGAAAAGGAGGCGGAUACACUGAAUCAUGCUCGUAGAUAUGAAGGGUCCAACCUGCUUCCAAAAAAGAUAAAGAUAGAAAUAUAUAAUUGGCUAAAAAAAUAAAUAAUGUGCACACGAAUACACCCAAACAUAUACUGGUAUACAAAGUGCCAUAAUUUGUAUUGGUAAACUUUAUUAAUGUGUUAUUCUUCCUGUCUAUUUACUCUAAUAUCUCUACUUGUUCAGCUGAUAUUUAUUUAGUUAUUUUAAAUGUGUAACUCUUUAAUUAUUUGUGAAUUUUCUUUAUUUCUACAUCCUCUAAGAUGCUUAAAUUUUGUUAAAACAUGUACUUUAUUAUUGACCACCAACUUCAUACUUUGUAAAUUUAGGCAUAUAACCUUAAUUUCUUGUUAUGUAUUUUUUAAAAGCUUAAAUCUGUCAAAACAGAAUUAUUUUAGAUAAAGUGAACAAUAAAAGACAAAAAAUAGAUGUCACAAAAUCAAAGAGCAAGAAAUUAAAGAAAUAAAUAAGUAUAUGAAUAAAACUUCAAAUCAAAAAUUUUAAACUAAAAAGGAGUGAUAGUAACACUGAAAAAUUAUUAUAGUUUAAAUCCUAAACAAAUAUAGAAUGUUGCCAUUACUGCAGUAUUUUUUCUUGCUUUUUGGCAUAUUAAUUGAGCCAUUUGUUUAUUUCUGUUUUUGUUAAUUGUGGCAGGUUUGGCCUUCCAUAUAAUUCUCUGAAUACAGCAUUUACCACAGAACACAGUGAACUCAGACUAAGUUAAUCUCAGUUUAGGACCAAGCCUCUUGUUUUCUUACGCUGCUUUUUCUUCAAAUGAACCAUAAAGAGCACAAAUAUUUAAUACAAGAAUAUGAAUGCCACUUUAGGCUGAUUUUCUGCAGGAAUUUCCCCUGUAGUUAUCUGUUUUCAUUAAAGCUGCUUAGAUCCUAACUUUUAUGAAAAAAAGACAUUAAGGAUUAAUAUUGUAACACUCUCUGUCAUUACAUUAUCGCAUGUGAAGCAUUUUUUGUUGUUGUUAUUUUUGACAGAAGAGGUCCUAUUGCCCAUUUCUCAGGGUCCAUGCGGUUCCUUACCUGUGGAAUCUAUAACAGGAACUGAAACCUUGGAACUUUAUUCAUUGUCUGAGAACACCCACAUAUGUACACAAUGCAGCUCUCAGAAUACAUACUGAAGUGCCAUCUCUUCUUAAGUCUUCCAGGCAUUAUUUUUGAGUGCAUCUUGGGAUGUGAUCUCUAAAGGAGAAUGUGUAUUAUAGUCGGUGUCUCUAAUGGGUCGUAGUAGUCUGCCCCCAUCUGGCAUGCAACCUGAAUUACAUGAGUGGUGCAUAUCUUAUUGGUGAAGUACAAUUUAGAAACUGACCAAGUGUCGGUGCUUUACUGUCUGUGGAACUUUUAAAUGUGUUACAAGACUCUUGUUUCAAGUUCUGAGCCAAGCUGUUUGAGAGACAAAAAGUGGUGAGAUGCUGCUUGUUUCCAGAAGAAAACAGAAUAAAAUUAAGCGAUUAAUUCUCUAGUUUUAUAUAUAGCUGCAAUAGUGUCGUUCUCUCUGUAGAUGUCGUCUCUUUACCUCUCAUUGUAAAGUAACUUGGUACAUAAUGAUAAAAGACAACAUAUGUUUAUUUUGUACAAAACAUAAAAGUUAUAGAUUUGUGAUUAACCAUGUUUGUCAUUUCCUCUUCUGAGAAGAGAGGAACUCUUUAGGAGGAGAGGUUGGUAAAUAUCCAGUUGAGCUGUGUUGUUGCUUAGCAGAAUACAAACACUGAUUCUGGUAAAAAAUGUAGUUAUACCCGAUUCACACAUCUUAAUGUGACUGCAAUUUUACCAUACUGUGUGGUGAAAUUAUUUUAGUUUUAUCAGCAGUGACCAUUUGCUAUAGAGUGCAGCAGGUUUACUUCAGGAUGGUGCAUUCUGUUGGCACAAAAUAGAAACAUCACUUGGUGUGACUGUUAUGAUCCGGUGAGCACUGAGUAAACGACCCAACUCAAUGUAGUUCAUUCCUAUGUGCAGGUUUUUGUUUCAAAACCGGAAUUAGCUAUGAAUAUCAUAUAGUGUUACACAAAAAGUAAAUACUUAGUUUAGCAAAGAGCAGAAACUGGGCAGCAAAAAGCCUGUAAAGUCAGAAUUCUGCAAAAAGUUCACAUGCAUAAUAAAUACUGAUAUUAGCAGUUUUAUUUAAAACACUACAUGAACUACUCUAACUGCAUUUUGGACGUAUGGGUGCAGAUUCAAUACCAUGAGGCCUUCCUUCUCUGUUCUCAUGGCUGGCUUUUAAUGCACCUGUGUCUUUACUCCUACUCUCAAGUGGAGCUGUGUCUGUGCGCUUAUGUCAACCUUUGGCACUUUGAGGAUGGAACCAGCUUGAGAAAGUGAACUGCCUGUAAUUGGCUACGUUUAGGAAAUCCCACCUCUUAAAAAAGUAGUUCUUCCUGGUUGUGGCUAUUAAUAUAAGCAAAGUGUUUUCAGGCUAAUUGCUGUUCACACAGUUAAAGUUGUUUAAGCUACAUCAUCAUUAAGUAACUUAAUUUAACACAAUCAAUAAUGUGUUCUAUCAGCAGCAGCUAUAUGAGCUAAGCUAACCAUAGCUUCACUGUCUAUAUUGCAGGAAGUAAGGCUUGAAUUAAGUUUUGUUUUUAUUUGAACAUAAACAUUUGCAUUUCUAAUCACUUUGCAGAACCUUUGACGCUUUUUCUUUAAUGUCUAUCAUUUUAUUUAUAGAUUUAUCAGUUGAUAAAAAAAGGCUGUUGCAUAUAAAGUCAGCAUUCAACUAUUGAAGAGAUUAGCAAUUAUCUAAAAUAUGCUUUUUUUAAAUGUUAUUUGCCAAAAUCAGAAAGAAAACAGUACUGCUUAAGGAGAAGGUAUUUCCUAAAAAGUGGCAAACCACAACUGGUAUACUUUCUCCAGCUGGUGCCGCCCUGAAAGUGAUGAAAGUUGACAUAAGCCUAAGAUUCUGUUACAACCACAAUCACAGCUAUUGAACGUACACCCAUGCCUCAUGAUAUUGGUUGUAAAAUGUGUGUGAACAGUAGUUUACAUGUGUGGAUCUCUGACAAAAGCGCUAGUAUGAGUUUUUAUUAGGUGUGUGCACUUCUCUGAGAAUUCUGACCUUAUGGUAGCCUUGUACCACCCGUGCAAAAUUUUCCUGCAACUCCAGCACUAUUUAUUCAGAUUUUCUGAAUUGCACAUUAGAAAAAUCUAAGAGAGGGCUCCCUAGGAUGGAUUUACCUAUUUAAAUGUCAUAGAUCUCCAGCCAGUGACAUAUUUGAGACUUACAUUCAUGCAGUAGGUUUUAAUGAUUAAAUAAAUGAAAAUAAAAAAACAUAUCAUAUCAAACAAAUAUUUUUCAUUCAGACACCAGGGCCAUAAUGUGAAAGGUGUAUAAAAUGCUGCAUGACUGUUCAGAAUGCAGAUUCUUUAAAGACUAUCAAUAUGUAUUCAAUUCAGUAUCGCAUAUAGAAAUAAUUCAAAUCUGAUUUUUCAGGGUCAGUGAAAAUAUUAGAAUUGGGACAUUCACACUGCUUUCUUAAAAAGUUAGAUAUGAGUUGCAUUUUGGCGAAAAGAUUGGAUUUGCCAGCUGUGUGAAUGUAGUCUAAAAUAGCUGUUGGUCUACUAUAACAUCAUAUAUGUGUGAAAACAAACAAUCUAUAUGCACUUCAGAUGUUCUUUAUAAAAAAAAUCAAUAAUACACUAAGCACUAUACAAUCUACAGUUGUGAAUAUGACUUUUUAGAACUUAAAUGUGGAAAAUUAAGCGAAACGUGUUGAUAUUAGCUAGUAUUCUAGUAAAAGUAGCAACACAACAAUUAUA